UUUCAUUCACUUUCAUACACACAUUAUUGAGAGAAAGAAAUAGAGAUGGAGCAUUAUAACUUUGCCCAAAAAAUCAUGACAUUGGCUUUGUUUGCCAUACUGUUAAGUAGUGUUAAUAUAGAGGUGGUGCGGGCACAAGGAAUAUGCAAUGUGUCUGGUGAAGGAUUAAUGUCAUGCAGACCAUCAAUCACACCACCUUAUCCGACAGCACCUACAGCUCAGUGCUGUAACGCGCUGUCUCAUGCAGACAUGGCCUGCCUUUGCUCUUACAAAAAUUCCCAGUUAUUGCCUUCUCUUGGAAUCGAUCCUAACCUCGCAAUUCAGCUCCCUCAGAAAUGCAGACUACCUAAUCCUCCCCGUUGCUAAAUUAAAGAUGAGUAAUUAAAAGUUGAAAGUGUUACUUGAAUAAGCCUCGUUAUGAGAAUUGACGCUUUCUAAGCUCUCACUUUCCUAUACUUGUAUCACAAUGUGUUAUAUGUACUUUGAGCUUUAUUGUUUUUUACUUAAUAAUUCAGUUGUUUGUUAUUGUUUUUCCUU